CGCCAGCGUUAACCCGAGGUACUGAUGCGCGGGAUAAACUUUCCCGCCCCAUAUGAGCACGUCAGCGCAACACGCGUGUUGUUCAUUCAGUUCUGCAAAAUGCAUUCGCUACACAACCCUGGAAAAAGCGAAAUAAGUACAAGUCUUGAUGCAGCAUUUCAUCAUAUUCUGCUGUCGGAGCAACAUGCAUCAGAUAAAAUGCGCCUCCUUAAAGAAGUCAAUGUUGAAGUUAACCAGAAACAGAGUAAAGUGAAACUUUUAACAGAAGAACUAAACUGUGCAAAAAUCCAUCAUACAAAUAAGCUCAAAGACUUAACAGGAUUGUCAAUGCAACUGAAGCUGCUAAAGAAAAAAGAAGAGGGAGUGCAGCAGCAAAAGGAAGAACUCUUGCAUCAAAAAAACUGCCUUCUUCAAGCUGCAGGACAAAAGAAAAAUGAAACUACAGAAGAAAGAAAAAAAUUCCUCAAAGAAAUUACUGAUUUUAAUUGUGAGUACAAUUUGCUGUCAAAUAGAGCAAUGGCCGCUGAAAGCCAAGCAAAAGCAGAAAUACAGAGUCUUGCAAAAGAGGCAGAAGAUGUAAGUAAAGAUAUAGAGUACAUGAAACAAAAUGAUCUCAGAUUGAACAGUAUUAAACAGCAGCUUCGGAUUUUAAGAGAACAGUUGGAGGGGCUUGAAAACAAAACUGAAGCCCUCAGGGUGAAACUAAGUAAAGCUAAAAUAUCAACUAAAUGUUUGAAUGCUGAAAAAUUCAAAAUUGAACAGAAACCUCAGAAUGAUCCUGAAAUUUUGGGACUGAAAAAAGAGUUAGAAACAUUUAUAGGAGAAGAUGGCAAUAAUAAUACUUAUGAAGUUUUAUUGUCAGAAAUACAUUUUCUACAAAUGAAACUUUCCACAAAAGAUUGUCAGACAUCAGGUAUAAGUCAGUAGUAAGAAAUGCUUUACUGAAGAAAGAUAAAGAAUAUUUGAAUGCAGGGG